AUGAAGUUUGCUACACUCGUUGCUUUAGCUGGUGCUCUUUCUAGUGCUGCUGCCGGUUCAUAUAAACAUGGCGGCAAACACAAGGAUAAGGGUACCACUUACUGGGUCACUGAAUACGCUCCUUCGACUUCAUAUGUCACUGUUACCAAAUGUGCUAAAGGUAAAUGUACCCCAACUGCUCACCCAACUGGUGUUACUAAAACUACCACUGUUCAUUCGGGUGUUACCACCGAGUUCACAACUUAUUGUCCUUUAACCACUUCUCAUGAAGUUGUCAAGUCCACUUGUUCUGAUUCUGUCGUUGUUUGGUCAACUAAAAAUCCCCCAUGGCAUUGGCACUGGCCAAAACCAACUGAUUGUGGCCAAAAAACCUCUACCUUAACUACUGGUACUCCAACCCAUGUUCCAACUGCUACUCCAACUGUUUCAACCACCUGUCAUAAAGUUACUUCCACUAAAUGGUGGUGGGCCUACACUACUACUGAAUGUUCUACUUUCACUGUUUCGUCCACUUCAUCAUCAUUACUUUCUACUAGUAAGACAACCGAGAGUAACACUGUUCCAACUACUGCUACUGAUGUUACUACUGCUACUCCAACUGUUUCAACCACCUGUCAUAAAGUUACUUCCACUAAAUGGUGGUGGGCCUACACUACUACUGAAUGUUCUACUUUCACUGUUUCGUCCACUUCAUCAUCAUUACUUUCUACUAGUAAGACAACCGAGAGUAACACUGUUCCAACUACUGCUACUGAUGUUACUACUGCUACUCCAACUGUUUCAACCACCUGUCAUAAAGUUACUUCCACUAAAUGGUGGUGGGCCUACACUACCACUAAGUGUUCUACUUUCACUGUUUCGUCCACUUCCUCCUCAUUGCUUUCCACCAGUGAUACAACUGAAAGUACUCCUCUUGAAACUACCAGCAGUGAAGUUUCUACCACUACUUCCGAUGACGGUCAACCAACAACCACCACCGCUACUCCAACUGGUGGAUUGUCUACUUCUUACACUACCACCACUGAUUUCACCACCACUGUUAUUACUACUACUGACUGUGGCCACCAUGGUUGUUCUCAAACUACCAUCACCACUGGUCUUACUGUGAUUACUGUUACUACUUCAGAAACCGUCACCAGCUACACCACCUACUGUCCAAUUCCAUCCACUGAAUCAAGUAUUGAAUCCACCGGUGUUACUUCUGAAUCCACUGGUGUCCCAUCUGGUGCUGAAUCUACUGGCGCUCCAUCUGAAUCUACUGGUGUCCCAUCCGGUUCUGAAUCCACUGGUGUUCCAUCUGGUGCUGAAUCCACUGGUGUCCCAUCUGGUGCUGAAUCCACUGGUGUCCCAUCUGGUGCAUUCGAAUCUGAUGGUGUUCCAUUCUGA